UUUGCCAGCAUACAACGCAAAUCUUCGAAUCUUCAACAAUUUCUUGAUUACUUGUUUCGAGAAAUGCUCCGGGAUUGUUGAGCCCAGCAGCAUCAUUCUAUGACUUAAGAAAGAGAAAUGAGUUGUGUGCCUACUGGUAUAUCAAAUUCUUCUAGCAACUUUUGGAAGCGAAAGGGAUACUCUUCCUCCGGUACUUUAGUAUUCAGAGAAUCAGGUAUUGGCUCGAGUUUAGGUGGUAUGAAAGGACAUAAAAUUAUUGUUGAGAAGAAUGGGAUGCAUUCCAAAUUUGGUACUAGAAAAGGCAAGAAGGGUGAAGAGCCUCUGCACCAAAUUAAAAGGAAGGCACUAGAUGGCCGCAGAUUUAAGGAGUUGUGGAAGAACCGAGCCAAAACAGCCAAUGCUUCAGAUCUCGUGCUUGAAGAGAGGAAUGAGCUGUUUCAACAAGAUGGCAGAGUUGCUGAGGCUAAUAGUUUAAACAAAAUUGGCAAAGCAAUUGUUGAGAAACCCCAUUCAUCUUGUGAUGGGAAACGGAUGGUUUCUCACGAAACACAAGAAACAUGCUCAUGCGAUGUGAUACAAGGCCCUGAUACACUGGGAGUGACUUUUGUUAAUAACACUUUGGAUGAACUAAAUUGGGAGUCUACAAACAACCAGGAUCAUGCUCUUCGCUCUGACUCUCAGCAAGAUGUUAAGAUCAAAAGUGAGGAUAAGAGCUGUGUAAUCUGUGGCAAUGGUGGAAAGCUCCUGUGUUGUGUUGGACAAGGGUGUGGCAGGAGGUUCCAUCUGUCUUGUGUCAACCCACCAUUUACCUAUUUUCCACAUGGAGUAUGGCACUGUAUUUGGUGUGUUAAAAGGAAAAUGGAAAUGGGUGUACGUACUGUGUCUGAGGGAAUAGAGUCUAUUUUAGAUGUUGAGUGUGUGUCAGCUAAUGCAGCAAUGCAGAAGCAGUACUUGGUCAAGUACAAAGGUCUAGCUCAUGUUCACAAUUGUUGGAUUCCAGAGGAAAAACUACUCCUGGAGGCUCCAGCACUUUUAGAAAGACACAAGAAAAAAAACCAAAAACUAAGUUGGAAACCUGAAUGGAGUGAGCCACAACGUCUUUUAGCAAAAAGGUUAUUACUAUUUCCCAGGGAAUCCUGUGGCACUCUUCAUGAGGAUGAUCAUUGCCAAUAUGAGUGGCUUGUGAAAUGGACAGGGCUUGGCUAUGAUCAGGCAACAUUGGAGUUAGAAAAUGCUCCAUUUCUCAGGACUCCUAAAGUGAUGAAACUCAAAAGUGACUUUGCAAUCCGCCAUGAAAAAGAAAAAGUAGAGAUGCACCAUGCUAAGGAAGACAAGAGAAGGAAAAUAUCACUUUCUGAACUUCCAGAACUUCCUUUCGGAGGUCCAGAUAAUCUAAUUUAUGUCAACAAGCUACGCGAGGGCUUGCAAAGGAAUCAAAAUGCUCUUGUCAUUGAUCCCCAGGAACGAGUUGUGAAGGUGGUCUUAUUUGUCUUAUCUUUGCUUAAGGAAACUAGUGGUCCUUUUCUGAUUAUUACUACUUCAACCUCUCUUUCUAUGUGGGAAGCUGAGUUUCAGCACUGGGCAUCAAAUGUGAAUCUUCUUGUGUAUAAGGGGAGUGGAGAUAUUCGGGGCAUGAUAAGGGAUUUAGAGUUUUAUAACCAAGGUGGCAGCAUCAUGUUCCAGGUUCUUCUAUCACCAUCUGUCACUGUUGUUGAGGAUCUAGAAAAUUUAAAGCCCAUAAAGUGGGAAGUAAUAGCUGUAGAUGAGUGCCAACGUCCCACAAUGUCAGUUCAUUUGGAGCAAAUAAAAGAUCUAGCUGCUAAUAUGAGACUGCUACUUGUUAGUAGUCAAAUAAAGGAUCGGAGCUUCAAUUACCUUGAUGUUCUUUCUUUGCUUGAUCCCUUAUAUGAUGGAGCCAGCAAAAACUGUUUGGGGGCUGAUAUUUCUAAAUUGAAAAAAAGAUUGGGAAGUUUUGUUGCAUAUGAAUGCAAACACGAGCAAGUCAAGUUUAUGGAGUUUUGGGUUCCAGCCAUGCUUACUGAGGUGCAAAGUGAACUGUACUGUGCUUCUUUAUAUUCGAAUUCGGUGGUGCUUUGCUCACGUUUGAGGAGUGAUACACAUAUCUCCAUCCACGACCUAGUUGAAACAACCAGAAAGUGUUGUGAUCACCCUUACCUGGUGGAUCGGUCUUUGAGAAAUUCAGUGCUACAAGAUAAACCUGCAUCAGACCACUUUGAUGUUGAAAUUCAGAUGAGUGGUAAAUUGCAACUUCUGGAUAAGAUACUUCCAGAAAUUAAAAGACGAGGACUGAGAGUGCUCCUUCUUUUUCAGGAAAUUGUGGGUUCUGGGAAGAUCUCUAUCGGAGAUAUUCUUGAUGACUUUAUUCAUCAAAAAUUUGGUACAGAUUCUUAUGCACGAAUUGAUGUCGAAAUUUCUCGUUCAAAGAAGCGAGCUGCCUUUAACAUGUUCAACAACAAAGACAAUGGGAAUUUUCUAUGUUUAAUCGAAGCUCGAGCUUGUCUUCCUAGCACUAAGCUUUCAUCUGUGGAUACAAUCAUCAUAUUUAACAGUGACUGGGAUCCUGUGAAUGACCUAAAAGCUCUGCAAAAGAUUACUUUAGAUUCACAGUUUGAGCAGUUGAAGAUCUUCCGUCUAUAUUCAGCAUAUACAGUGGAAGAGAAAGCUUUGAUUCUUGCUAAGGAAGGUGUGACUCUUGAUAGCAGUAUAAAUAACAUAAAGCAGAGUAUUUGUCAGAAGUUACUAGCCUGGGGUGCCCCCCGUCUAUUCAGUAAGCUUGAUAGCAACCAUGAAAUUUCUGCAUCUUCAAAGCCAUUUGACUCUUUUGAGCAGACUCUUUCUGAAGAUGUUUUACAAGAGCUGUCAGCCUUACUACCCUGCAAUAGCACUGAACAGGGUUCUACUUUCUUCUCUGGCAGAAGAAACAAUUCUAAAUAUGUUUUGAUGGUAGAAGAAUUUGAAGGGACUGACCAUGGAAAAGAUCUUUCUUUAAUUGGUGAGUUGAAAACCCAUUCAGUGGACACUUUCCCUGCAAGUAGACAAUUGGGAGAAGAUGAAUCACCCGAUAUUUUCUGGACAAAUCUGCUUGAAGCGAGGAAGCCCAGGUGGAAAUAUAUGUCUGGGCCAUUGCAGAGAAAAAGAAAAGUUACACCUUUUGCGUGUUUGUCCAAGCAAACUGAAUACAAAGGAGAGGCUUCAAAGAAAGGCAGGACAGAUGCCAAACUUAAACCAACACCAAAUGAAAAGCCCAUGUUUGAAAGAAGACUCCCUGGAGGAGACAAGAAGAAGAGAUUUGCUGGGAAUUCUCCAAAUUCAGCUGUUAAAGAGUAUAGACAUGUGCAUAAGAGACGUGUCCGAGUAGAACAUGGCAAAGAAGCUGCAGUAAGCUCGAGAGAUCAUGGUAGGAAAAUUUACUCCUGCGGUGAGACUGCUACUGCUUGUGAUGUUGGAAUGCCCGACCAUUCUGAGGUGCCUGUAUCUACUAAUUCAAUCCCUGCUGAACAUGAAGAGGGUGAAUUUUUGGAAUCAAGGGAAAGUCAUAAUGAUAGUCGCAAUUUAGUGAAUGCCUUUGGUUACCAGGUCCAAGCCACCAUACAAACAACCACUGAGGGCUCAACUUGGUCACUUGCUGAUGCUGUUCCGCAAUUGGUCAGAAAUUUGCAACUGCAGCCAGUUAUGACUCCUAUUGAUAGAACUGAACCAGAUGCUGCAAAUCUUGAAGAGGAGAAUUUUUGUCCUGAUUUAUCAAGUAAUCAUCCAACUGAAGCAUCAUCAGGCACAUCUGAAGGUCCACAGCCAGCGUGCGUUGACUCACUUCAAAGGGAGAUGGAAAGAAUACAAUUAGCCAGAGAGCAUGCUAUAAAAAUUCAUGAAGAUAUGAAGCUACAGCUUGAAGCUGAGUGUGAAAAAGAAUUGGAGGAGAUACGUAAGAAGUAUGACUUGUUAAUUCACAAUUCUGAGGUAGUGUUGGCACAAAAGAGAACAUUUCUUGACAGUUGCUACCAGAUAGCCUGUACACAGAAAUUGUUAGCGGAGGUCAUGAUACUGAAUGCAGAUGGUUUCCCUGCAUCUGAGUCACAAGGAAAGCAGGAAGUGACUCUAGCAACCUUCGUGAGUGACAUCUAUCAAUCUUGCUUUAGACAGCCUAGCUGCAGGACUAUGUCGGGGCCUUGCGCACAGGGGAACCCGACACCACCGGUGGUGAGCAACUUAUUAGCUGUUCAACAAGCUGCUGCAAGGAAUACUGCAAUUCCAGAACCAAAUUCAAUAGAGACUCAGACUUCCAACUUGGUAGGACAGCAAACUGCUGCCCAUACUACCCAGAGAUCUGAAAUAUCUUCGUCCAACUUGCCAGUGCCCACGCCACCAUCUCAAACCUCUGCAAUGGAGGUUAUGGCCCAUUCAUCAGCUAUCUCACAAACUGGGACCAAUGCAGCAUAUUCCCCAUCUUCAACAUGCCUAGCAAAGACUGGUUCCUCUGAGACCCUAACGGGACCAUACCAUCCAUCAGUGCUUUCAACCAGUCAUUGCAGGCCACCCUCUAUCCCAAACAUCCGUCUGUCAGGAAGCUUGAAUGCGGGACGUGAAGUAAGGGCACCUGCUCCACAUCUAAGACACACCAUAUGCUCUCCGGAAGUUGUACAUUUGAUAUCCAGGCCUUGCUGAGUGUCACAUCAAGGUGGUGUCACCAUUCGACAUAAUGUUGACAUGAUGUGUGCUCACUCAAUUUACCCCAGGAUUGCUGAAACGCUCAUCUGAAUCACCUUGGUAGGAUCAUCCAUCGCUGUGUAGUCGAAGGUUGUCUGAUGGAUGAUGAAUCCUUGCUGUAUUUAGAUUCAGUUUUGUGGGGAUCCUUGUAUAAUAGCUGUUGCUGCUUUGCUUUCUUUUUCGGCAUAGGAUUAAUUUUCUGCUUCUCUAGGUGGAUGGUCAGCUGUCUCACUCAUUGAAAAGAGCACAAAGGAAGCGCAACGCAAUUUACUUGGGUUUC